GGAAAAACACGCAGCAAGGAGAUCGUGAGGUCCCGGUGACUGCUGUGAUUUCUUUUCGACAACAUGGACGGUCAGUCGUGUUUACUUCAUAAUACAAGAGAAAAAAUAGCUUUAAUUUCAAGGAGGAUUGUGCUACUUGGAAAAACUGGCGUUGGGAAAAGCAGCCUGGCUAACACUAUAAUGGGAGAGGAUGUCUUCAGUGUAUGCCAUUCAUCCAUUUCUGAAAGAAGUCUGUCUCGUUUAGAAACUAAGUGUGUAAAUGGGAGAAACAUCAGUUUGAUCGACACUUGUAGUGUUUUUGACACGUGCACAUCUGGGACAUUACUCAGGGAUGAGAUAGUGAGGUGUAUCACGAUGUGUGCUCCUGGACCUCAUGCCUUUCUCAUUGUCCUCAAAGUGGAGAAAUUUACGCAGCAGGAGCAAGAUGUAAUCAAAAAAAUAUGGCAGUAUUUCUCUGAGGAUGCUAUGAAAUAUGCUGCAGUCAUCUUCACUCAUGGUGACCAGCUCCCAGAGGGCAUGAAAAUCGAGGACUUUGUCAGUCAGAACAACGAGCUCAAAAAUCUGGUGGCGAAGUGUGGAGGCCGAUGCCAUGUCAUUGAUAAUAAAUACUGGAAAAACAACGAAGAAAAUGACUACAGGAGCAAUCAGUUCCAAGUGGCAGAGAUACUCAGGACAGUAGACAAAAUAACUGAGGCAAACAAUGGAAGCUGCUACACCAAUGAGAUGCUUCAGAAAAUAAACAGUGAAAUGCAGGUGGAGGAAGAGCACAUUCGACAGUCAUCAGCAAACAUGUCACAGGAAGAGAUUAGAGACAAGGCUAAAACAUUACUGGUAAACAAGUUACUAAUUAUAUUUGCAGGUACGGCAACAGGAGUAUUGUUAGGAGCCUUUCUUGGUGUGGCAAAGAUGGUCACAUCAACUGUCAUAAAUCUAAAUGAGCAUUCAGGUGUUAACGAACUAGUCUCAACAACCAGCGGGAGAGCAACACUUGCACUGGCUGCUCAAAAUGGGUUAGUACAGGGAGGUCGGUUAGGAUAUGCCGCAGCUGAAGAAGCAGGAAGUCCACAAGAAGCAAUACAGAAAGCUGCUAAGGCUGUACUGGACCACGCUGCUAAAUAGGAUGAUGGCAAAAACAGAGUGUAGACAGUAAAAAGAGCAAGCAGCAAGUUGUUGUUUUUAUGUAAAUGUAGACAGUGGUGGUGGAAGAACUAUUCAGAUUUUUAUUCAAGGAAAAUUAGUAGUUGCCAAACACUGACAGCAGUUUGCUACAAAUAAAUAUAAGCACUAUAAUAAUUUACCAGAACUGGAGGUACUCUUCAAGAAUAAUGUACUUUAUACUAUUUAUAGGUACUGAUGCAUGAAUGUGCCUCCCUAA